AUGGCUGCAGAUUCCGUCGGCACCGCGUCAUCGCCACCGCCGCUACCCCACCGCGACCCUUCCCGUGACUUCUCACACGAGGCGUCCUCCUCAUCCUCCUCGCGCGCCGCGGGGGCACAGCCGGUGUCGUGUGAUGGCCGCGCUGAGGAGGACGUGCUGGACAUUGACUCUCCGUGGGUCGCGGCGGCCGCGGCUGAUUCGAGGCUGGAGGAAGCCGCGGCUUGCCUUCAGCCUGAGAGCGAGGCGGACGAAGACGAGAUACGAAACAAUCAGGAGCGACAAGAGGACGAGCUGAUGGCAUUGGAAGCAAUAUAUGGGGAUGACCUCGUCGAAUUCAGAAGCAAAGCAGGGCUCCGCUAUUUCCAGAUCUGCAUACGUUACGAUCUUCAUGAUGACGCUCAAGUGUGUGCCAGGCUUUCUUCAGCUACUGAAAAAACAAAAUAUGGAGGAUGUCCUGAUGAUGAUCAUGACACAAAAGAACAUGAUGCUGGGCCUGAUGAAUUCUCUUACACCUGCAACUUUGAGUACUUGCCUCCUUUGAUAUUGACAUGCCUACUUCCAAAAUCGUAUCCUAGCAAAGAGCCCCCGUAUUUUACUGUAACCGCUAAAUGGAUGGAUGGGCCUGAUGUUUCUCAACUCUGUGAGAUGCUUGAUACUAUCUGGGCAGAGCUGCCAGGGCAGGAAGUGAUAUAUCAAUGGGUCGAGUGGAUACGAAGUUCUUCCUUGUUAAAUCUCUGGUUUGAUGGCAAAAUAUUGUUAGGUCAAGACAUUCAGAGCAGGAGACACAACGGAGAUCGGCGUGCAAUCUCAAGAAGUAUCUCACUGGAGUCUGUGAUCCCUUCCAUGCUCAGCUACAGUAGUAAGAAACGUUACCAAGCUUUUCUUGAGGACCUCCAUAUGUGCAAGAUAUGCCUUAAUCAGUGGAAAGAUGAGGAUAACAAUGCAGAAUGUCCGAAAUGUUCGUUUACCUUCUGCGGUUUUCGCAAGGAAUUAUGGCAUCCAGGGAAACAAUGUCUAACUCCAGAACAAAAGCUCCAACGUCGGAGGGGGUCAGGCAGAAUGACUGAGAGGGAGGUAGCGCAAGAACUAUCGAACAUCAGAGAGUUAUACAAAGAUGUUCGGGUAUGUCCGAAAUGCCGAAUUGCCAUCGCCAAAAGUGAAGGCUGCAACAAAAUGGUGUGUGGAAACUGUGGUCAGUUCUUUUGCUUCCGCUGCGGCAAGGCGAUCCGUGGCUACAGUCAUUUCACGAACUGUCGCCUCUUUGAGCCUCAUGACAUGACAGACUUGGAUAGACAAAUAGAUGAACUGCAAUUUGGAAACCAGAUGCGGAAUCAGUUGAAACCAGUAGGCGCUAUGGAACUAAUGCGGAAUAUGAAGGUGAGCCUAACAAUUUGGAUCGGGCGGGAGCAGCAGGAGGAGAUGCACUAUCUUUAG